UCCAUGGUAUGUAAAUGAGGGCACGGGCUGGGUGAGGGUGUCCGAACAAAGUCCUGAGGACAGUCACAGGAAGCUUCUGUAAGGCUGAAGAGCAUUCUCCCUAACAUGGCUGCUGGAAGAAAGGAACUUCUGAUGUUGGAAAACUUCAUAGGUGGAAAAUUUUUACCAUGUAGCUCUUACAUAGAUUCGUAUGAUCCAUCAACCGGGGAAGUGUAUUGCAAAGUUCCCAACAGUGGGAAAGAAGAGAUUGAAGCUGCCGUGGAGGCUGCCAGAGAGGCCUUCCCUGCCUGGUCAUCUCAGAGUCCCCAGGAGCGUUCUGUGGUCCUGAACCGGCUGGCUGACUUAUUGGAGCAGUCCCUGGAGGAGUUAGCCCAGGCUGAGUCUAAAGACCAAGGGAAAACCCUCACCCUGGCGAGGACCAUGGACAUCCCUCGGGCAGCUCAGAACUUUCGGUUCUUUGCAUCCUCCAUCGUGCAUCACACGUCGGAGUGCACGCAAAUGGACCACCUGAGCUGUAUGCACUACACUGUUCGCACCCCUGUGGGAAUCGCUGGUUUGAUCAGCCCUUGGAACUUGCCGCUCUACCUGCUGACCUGGAAGAUAGCUCCAGCCAUUGCUGCUGGGAAUACCGUGAUAGCCAAGCCCAGUGAGCUGACCUCUGUGACUGCGUGGAUGUUGUGUAAACUCUUGGACAAAGCAGGUGUUCCACCAGGUGUGAUUAAUAUUGUGUUUGGAACCGGGCCCAGGGUUGGUGAGGCCCUGGUGUCCCAUCCAGAGGUACCAGUGAUUUCCUUCACUGGGAGCCAGCCCACAGCUGAGCGGAUUACCCAGUUAAGUGCCCCCCACUGCAAGAAGCUCUCCCUGGAGCUGGGAGGCAAGAAUCCUGCUAUCAUCUUUGAGGAUGCCAACCUGGAGGAGUGUAUCCCAGCAACCGUUAGGUCCAGCUUUGCCAACCAGGGGGAGAUCUGCCUCUGUACCAGCAGGAUAUUUGUUCAGAGGAGGAUCUACAAUGAAUUUUUGAAGAGGUUUGUAGAAGCUACCAGAAAGUGGAAAGUUGGAAUGCCCUCUGACCCAUCAGCCAGCAUGGGUGCUUUGAUAAGUAAAGCACAUUUGGAGAAAGUCAGAAGUUAUGUAAUGAAAGCUCGUGCCGAGGGGGCCCAGAUUCUGUGUGGUGAGGGUGUGGACCAGCUGAGCCUUCCAGUCAGGAACCAGGCAGGCUACUUCAUGCUGCCCACAGUGAUAACAGAUGUUAAGGAUGAGUCCUGCUGCAUGAAGGAAGAGAUAUUUGGUCCAGUGACGUGUGUUGUCCCUUUUGACAGUGAAGAGGAAGUGAUUAAGAGAGCUAACAGUGUUAAAUAUGGGCUGGCAGCUACAGUGUGGUCAAGUAAUGUGGGCCGCAUCCACAGGGUGGCUAAGAAGCUGCAGGCGGGUUUGGUCUGGACCAACUGCUGGCUCAUCAGGGAACUGAACCUGCCAUUUGGUGGUAUGAAGAGCUCUGGAAUAGGAAGAGAAGGAGCCAAGGACUCAUACGACUUCUUCACUGAAGUAAAAACCAUUACUGUUAAACACUGACUUUCGGCUGUGGAGAAGUGGCCACAGCUGAUGCUUGGAGGCCAGAGAGUCAAGUGUGCACUGCAAUGAACAGAGACCACAGCAUGUCUU